UAGGAGUCAUGACGAUGCUUUUCUCUCGAUGCAUCACUGUCGAUCAGACAUGAACACUCUAUUAGAAUUUUCUUUUUCGAUAGCCGCGCCUGGCUUCACUUUUUUUUUCCUCUCUCCUGAAGGAGCAGCACUGUUUGACAGUGUCAGCAUUGAAUUAUCCUCGAUAUCAACAUUAUCAAAGAUCUUCUGGCCACUCAUACAUUCCGUGACCAGUUCGCAUUGCAAAUUGCAACUGUUUCGCUCCACAUCCCGGCCUUGGCUUCUUUUCCAGAAUUCGGCAUGCUUUAAUACUUUUAUUUAGAAAUUCUCUCUGAUAUAUACCACACUCUCGUCCUCCGUGGCAAUUCUCUCCCCGUUUCUCUCCAUGCUGUGAGCUCUGGACUGCUUCUUUGCUCACUUGAACACUGUCAUUCCCAUUUUCAUUCUCAUGAACAUCAUACCGUCGACAUCACUCUGUCAUUGUUGAUUUUUUUUUUCCCUUUCUUUCCCUCCCUUUUUCCACAUCUUUCUCCCUGGCCUCCCUGGUGGUAGUCCUUACUUCUGAUUACAUCUCGUCAUGGCCUCCGACGGCAUUGCGCCGUACGUCCCCGACUAUGCUUCCUACAAUUGGACCGGAGCACCCUCGAACUACGAUCUCACUACCAAUGUGAACACCGGUGGUAACUCUCGUACCGAGAAUCUGAACAAAUGGUUCCAAUCCGGUGAUCAGGCCUACAUCAUCGUCGCCUCUGCCAUGGUCAUGAUCAUGGUCCCUGGUGUUGGCUUCCUAUAUUCCGGUCUCGCCCGUCGAAAAUCCGCCCUAAGUAUGAUCUGGGCCUGCAUGGCCUCCAUGUCUGUCAUCACCUUUCAAUGGUAUUUCUGGGGUUAUUCUCUCGCUUUCUCUCCCUCCGCCACAAAUGGUUAUAUCGGUAAUCUUCGAAACUUCGGUCUGAUGAAGACAUGGGCUGAUCCGAGUCCGGGGUCUCCUUUGAUCCCGAAUCUACUCUACUCAUUCUACCAAAUGCAAUUCUGUGCUGUCACCGCUGCCCUCGUGAUGGGUGCCGUCGCCGAACGAGGUCGCCUAUUACCCGCCAUGGUCUUCGUCUUCAUCUGGGCCACCAUCGUCUAUUGUCCGCUGGCUUGCUGGGCCUGGAACGUCAACGGCUGGGCCUACAAAUACGGCGUCAUGGACUACGCCGGUGGCGGUCCUGUUGAGAUCGGCUCCGGCUUCAGUGCCCUGGCCUACUCCAUGGUCCUGGGUCGUCGUCAGGAACGCAUGAUGCUCAACUUCCGCCCGCACAACGUCUCCCUCAUCCUCCUCGGUACUUGCUUUCUCUGGUUCGGAUGGCUAGGCUUCAACGGUGGCUCGUCCUUCGGCGCAAAUAUCCGUGUCACCAUGGCCUGUUGGAAUUCCAACCUCACCGCUGCCUUUGGUGCCAUCACAUGGGUUAUUCUCGAUUGGCGUUUGGCUAGAAAGCUGUCCAUGGUCGGCUGGUGUUCCGGCACGAUCUCGGGUUUGGUUGCUGCUACCCCUGCCUCGGGGUAUAUCACUCCCUGGGCCAGCGUGAUCUUGGGCGUUGUCACCGGCGCCGUAUGCAACUAUGCCACCAAGGUCAAAUACUGGAUCCGAGUAGACGACUCCAUGGAUGUCUUCGCCGAACACGGUGUAGCGGGGGUAGUCGGUCUGGUCUUCAACGCACUCUUUGGCGACGACGCUAUCGUUGGCCUUGACGGCGUCAACACAGGCUCCGGCGUCGGUGGCUGGGUCAUCCACAACUACCGCCAGCUCUAUGUACAAAUAGCGUACAUCGUGGCUACCUCCGCAUAUGCAUUUGUCAUGUCCACCAUCAUCGCAUUCGGCAUCAACCUGAUCCCCGGACUAAAACUAAGAGCAUCAGAGGAGGCAGAACUCCUCGGCAUGGACGACGACCAAUUAGGCGAGUUCGCCUACGACUACGUCGAGGUCCGCAGGGACUACCUCGCCUGGACACCGCAGAAGCACGAACAGCUCGAGGACGGACACCAGAUCCCCGCGCAUGACCGCUACGGCAUCGACGAACACAGCCAUAUGAUGCUCGAGGGUAAACCUCCUGCCGGUGCUACCAGUAACAGUUCGGGUGGUUCGAGUGCCAAUGAGGACGAUCUAAAGAUAACUGAGGCUCCUCCACGGCCGGUUGUGAAAGGUGUAACGGGGACUCAUCCGACACCGUCACCGACAACACCUAAUGAGAAGACGAACGCUCCUUCGUCUUGAUCUUCUUCUUCAAUUCGCAUACAUACCGAUAACCCGUUGCUUUCUUACGCUCUCUACUUCAUCCAUAUCCCUUGAUACUCGAUACUCUCUACCCUGUCUACCUGUAGCCUGGAGCUACCCACUCAUAUUUACAUUACCUACGUCCAUCUAAUCACCUGCAGUUUUCUCUUUGUCUCUUCUGCUUACGUCUCAUUUGUCUAGCGAAGCGCUUUUUUUUUUUCCUUGUAAAUGCGCAUUGAUAUGCCCAUGCUCUAUCUAUUUUGGGUAUAUGUACAUAGAUCUUGGUGCUUCUUUUUGUUUUACUUUAUUUUGUAUCCGUCAUCUUUUUUUUUCUUUUUCUUUUUUAUUUGCAUAGAUACCCACAUGGGUGUUAGGGGUGAUGAAGUGCUUGUUUCAAUUAUUUGAAAGCUGUCAUAAUCUGGUUUGGUGUUCAUUUUGGAUUAUCUAUUACAUGUCUGUCCUGUGAAAAGAAUUCAUUCUUCAAUAUAUUACAUUAUAUUCAUUGUUCUCUCCAUCUCUAUACCUUUAACAUGGAUUUCCAUUUUGGUAAUAGAUACUGUGCACAUACAUAUAGUGAGAUAUAGAUAGCAGUUUGUAGUCCGCAUGUUCAUUAACUACACAUGUCCAAUGACGGAAAUCGGACGGAUUAG